UGUAAACACUGAGCUACAUCACGGCAGCUAACACCCAUGGCUAACACUAGCUUAAUCCAAGCGGAGUGGAGAGGACACGGGAAUGAUCAGAUACGUUUAGCAGGGUUGGUUUAAAUGAAUCUACUUGUUUACUUCACGAAUCAUUCAACCCGCUUUUACUUCGACGUGGAGCUAACAGGGCAACUAGCUGAGCUCCGGUUCAUUGUAAAGGUAUGAACUCUCUGGUUGGGUACGGAGUGUCCUCGGAGUCUGACAGCGAUGGAGAUGCGAACACCGGCGGACUUGGCUCCGUUAAGAAGGUGGGCGAUGAGGCGACACCUGUCUUAAAGACCCGUAACUUCCUGCUGGAGUCUGGUUCAGCCUCCAGUGACUCGGGCAGCGAGUCAGAACCAGAGGAAGAGCAUCCGGUUCCCUUCUCAUCCCCAUCACACCCCCUCUCAGCAGCCCGUCAGCCCCCCCGCCCUGCUCCUUCCCUGGGUUCCCACACUCAUAACAAACUGCCUCCUCCAGCUCUAAACGCCUGCUCGGACAGCGGCGUGUUCACCAACCCCUUCAAGGCCCAGGCAGACCAGAAGCUCAGCGCCCUGCAGAAACAUGUCCCCCUGACACUGGAGGCCAAACCCUCCGAGAUCGGAGGGAAACGGAUGUGCGUGUCUUACAGGAAAGAUGGAAGGUGCAGGUUCGGGAUCAAAUGCAAGUUUGCUCAUGACAGUGACCUCCAGACCGCUGUCACCUCAGCUGACGGCCAUCAUCCUCAUCAUACGCCUGAGAGUGAUGAAGCACCAGCAGCAGAACCCGUUGAGCCCAAUGCAGGCGGCUCUGGUGGUGUCGGGAAGCAGAAGCGCCCAGAGGAGGAAGAGUCAGGAGGGCAGCAUGUGAAGAAGAGGAGGGUCGGACUGAGUAACACCUUGAUUCCUCCUAAACGGGCUAUGAAGCAGUAUGCCAUGCACAUGGACCGAGAGCGGCUCCAUAUGUCCUGAAGAGAGCCAAGCAGGGCCGGUUGGGCAGGGAGGAGAAAGGAAUUUUCCUGCGUUGUAACACUGUGCAAUCCUAACCCCUCAUAAAGCAAUAGUAUAAAGUGCAGGUGAAAUUUUUCCUCUCAAUAUGCAUGUCUAUAGAAAAGUUGUACUGUCCAUUGGUCGAUUUAAUUAAUAACGCCUACAGUUACAUUUCACCCAGCAGUAACUAACAUUUUCCACACACUCAAAUCAAGAGCCAUUUGUGGUGUGGCUGGAAGGAGCUGGGGAUUGAACCACCAGUGUUUCAAUUAUUAAGCUGUUUUCAGACAUGAUAUCGGGGAUAAUGUAAUAAUUGUCUGGACUUCUUGUCUUUUCACACAUGAACACAGAAGAUUGUUCAGGUCAGAUCAGGGACAUUUCUGGACCAUUCAGGUCAGGGAUGACACCUAGGCAGAGCAAGAAAUUCAGUUGCGAAAAAUCUAAUUUUUUCUCACAGCCAUCCACACCAGCAUCAGUCCUUAUCACAAAAAUAUCUUGAGUAAGGGCUGUUUUCCCCAAUUCGGCAUCUUCGACAUGAAUGGCACCUCUUUCAUCCUAAGAUAUUUAUAUUCUCCUUCCUUGUUUUUUGCAUGUAGACCAUGUUAGACAUGUCAUCAACACAUCCACUCGUGAAUUGUAUGGACAUUUACCUGCUGUAUUGUCACAGGGGCUCACUCAGACAUGUUCCGGAUAUUUUACUUUGUGGCUUGAAGGAAAGACUCAGGAUAAUGUCUAAAACAACAGACUGGGACAAAUUUCCAUCCUCAUGUACAGCCCCUUUGGAUAAUUUAAGGUAAACAUCCGGAGUUCAGUGCAUGCCUGUAAGCAGCAGUAAUGGCUGAUCCCCCUGCCAAGUAUGUGUAGCCACCCCAGGUGUAUGGAAAGAUAAAGUUGUGGGAUAAAACAUCACAUUCUCAAACUAUUAAUGAAAACACUGUGGAUAAAUGUUAAGACAUUUAUUUACAUCAUAUAAAUGAAUCGUUUUUUUGUGUAUGUGCUACCACAUGUCCUACAUCACAGAUCAGAAGUGCUGACUUAGUAUUGACAUUUUUAAACAAAGGAUCCACAUAGUCAUGAUUUAUCAAAUUACAUCACCCUUCAAAUGUUAUAGACAAAAGUUGAGUUUGUCUAAUUCAGUUUGGUUAAUGUUUUGGACCCCACUACACAUGAGUUAUUAUUCCUUCAAAGUCAAACAGCAGGGUUUAACAAACAGCUGCACAAAUAUCAUUUUAACAGACACUGCCAACAUCGCUAAAAUAUGCAUAUUCUGAAACUGUGAAGCACCUUUUUUUUGUCUACACCUCUUCAGUCUUUGUGAGUUCAGAUUUUGUUGGUUUUGUAUUUUUUCCUAUCAAAUGAAUGUUUUCUAGUAGAUCUGGACAAUAAAUGAAAAAAUAAUGACUGCC